UUAGCUACGUUCAUUUGUGUUUGCAUUUGUAUGUUACGAUAGAAAAACAUUUAGUGAACAUUUUUAGGUUAUACCGAAUAUUUUUACUAUACAAAGUGAAUUGUAUCCAUUCCGGUCAUGUUUGGUUUUCUUGUUACAGUUUAUAAAAAAAAGUGAUCAAAUUAAACACUAAAUUUUGUGAUUUAUUUAAACAUUUUAGCUCAAUUUUAUAACAAGUUGAAACAUAGAUAUACAAAUAAUGUUGAGUUCAUCAUAGUAAUUACUAACAUGCGAAAACACGAGCUAGGCCCUAGUACGUAUGUAUCCAGAUUGGAAGCCAUCAAUCAAGACUGUAAACGUUAUAAGAAAAAAUAUAUAUAUAUAUAUAUAUCUCGCCUUCUUCUUGAGCAUCAAAUAUAUGAAAAGAAGAAAUGAUAACUACUAUAUAUGAUCAUAUUUGAUAGUAACUGAGUUCGCCCUAGAGACUUUUCUCUCUGGCACACCACCCAAGACGCCGUCGUCUCCGUCCGAUCUCCAUGGAUUCACACUGCAAGGUCUCUCCGCCGUCGCCUCCGUCCGAAACUCCCAUUAAGAAGCUAUGCUUCUCCUCGUUGGGAUUCUACCUAGGAUGACCCGAAGCGUUUCUCGGAGAGGUGAAGAACUAUUGAAAGCUCAAAGGUCGAGCCUUUCACUUGCCUCUGCCUCUCCCACGCCUAGGUCGUUGCCUCCGGUGAGAACUCGUCGUUCCAAUGUCUCAGAGUCUGCUUGCGUUUCAGUGACAAAGAGCCCUCAUGUACUACCCUCGAAGCCAGAACCUCCAUAUCUGUUUCCGGUGGAAAAGAUAAAACCGCUGCUUGAAACCUUCCCUCCGCCAGAUCCGCCUCCACCAGAUCCGCCGUUUAAAACUCCCUCUCCGCCAGAAACACCAGACCCUCCUCUUAAAGCUCCUUCUCCUAUGUGCCCUCUGGAACCUGUAGAUCCUCCGGACGUUUUAUUUCUCAACGCUCCUCUGCGUUUCUGCGACACCUCCUCCGGACCAUCUCUUCAAGCUUUAUUUCAGAUUUCAACUGUAAAGCUUCCAUGUAGGAUAGCGACAAAGAGUGGAGGUGGUGCUGGUGCUCAUGUGUCUGCAAGUGACACUUUAUUGGCCUACGGGCUUCUCUCUCCUGUGUUAUACAGGUCUAUAUUUGGAUGUGUUGACUGUUCUUUAUUCAGUUCUUGUUUCGACCUUCCUAUCACUCCUCCUUGUAAGGUCCCUCAUGUACAUCUUAGCUCUUUCUUUUCCAGUUAUUCUGCUACUGUAGAAUGGAUUAGACAGCUAUUUGUGUGGGUGACGUUGGAAUUGAGGUUCAUGACUUUAGUCGGUGAUAUACGGAUGGGUUUAGUGUUAUUUGGUCCUACUCUUGCGACCUCUAAUAGCGUUUUUAUCCCCUUGGUGCGAUCGUCUGCAGUAUGCAGUUCUCUUACGGGUUCUAUUCCGGGUGUUGGUGUUAUGUUCGUGUAUCUCUCUUUUUGGUGGCAGGUAGAAGAGAAACUCAUCUUCAUAUUUAAGUUGGAUGUGGCGGGUUAUAAUUUCCCGCUUAUCCCUCGUUUGAAUCAGUCUUCUUUCCUAAUACUUCCUCCUAUAUGGAGUGAAUUGGAUGAACAAGCUUUGUUGGUAUUGCAAGGAUCUUCCUCCCAUCGAAUGCUCUUCUCUGCAUAUGGUGCAGUGUGUGUGGUCUUAUGGGUUACACUAGAUGCGAUCUUUGAAGUAGCUUAUGACGUUGUUGUGAUACGAUCUCAUAUGGUUUCUUUUUGUGAUUUGUGUAGUCAUUCUUAUCUUUUAUGUUAUUGUUGUUGUUGUUUGUUUGGAUGUCAAUAGCCUCCUUGUAUCCUUCUUUAUUGGAGCGUAAACAUUUUUAAUAUCA